UCUCCUAUAUAUAAGAGCCCCCUCCGCUGGCUAUCAUCAUCAACACCAUCGCAAGUCCAUCUCUGAAAGCUAUAGCUAGGCUCCUUCGCAGCUAGCUCCAGUUUCCUCCCAUCUCCUACACAUACAUCACCCACUUUCUCCAUCUCUCCAAAGAUGGCCCGGUUACUCCUCCUCUGCCUGGUGUCUAGCCAUCUAGCGGUUACAGCCGUCAUGGCGCGGCAGUUCCCCGUCGACAGCGGCGCAAGGGCCAUCACAGCAGACGCUCCUUCUGCUGCGGCUGGAUAUCGGCUGCAUGUCCAUUCACUUCUGGAGUCCUUCGCCGGAUCGCCACUGGGCUCGGCGCACCACGCGCCGCACAGGCACAACCCCUUCGACAGCCACUUCGCCGGGGGCAAGAUCAUACUGGGAGGCCUCGCGGCGGCGAUCAUCACUUCCGUGUUCUGCUACAUCCGCAUCACCAGGGCAAAGAAGAUCACCGAGCCAAAAACUUGAAUCUUUAUGCCUCACCUUGGAUAUUUUUUUUUCUUUAUUUGUAGUGAGGACAUGUGAAGAAAAAUAACAAGUGUAGCCGUCCACAUAGGUUUGUUACAACAUGUGCAAAGAACAGCUAAUUUCUUCUGGUGGCUUAGGUGAAUCUUCUCGUUUCUUGGAGGGCCAAGUGUGCUAUGCAUGUAUGUCUGGCUGAAAUCCUUCUCACUCUCAGUCUAAUUAAUUGUGCCUGAAAUGAAUCAUAGAGUUUU